AUGACUUCUCCUGCUCCUGCUUCGUCGCCGUCUGCGAAGAUUCUGGGCGACAUUAACGAAAUAUGCAUCGUGACGCCCGACAUUUACAAGACCAUCGACGGGCUGACAAAGCUCGGUGUUGGCCCUUUUCAGAUUUACGAAUUCAACUCCACGACCGUACCCAGGCAGGAACUGUACGGAAAACGAGGCACGGACCUGUUCCGAAUCAAAGUCGCGUUUGCGAAACAGAACUCCCUGGUGGUCGAGCUCAUGCAGCCUUUGCCCGGCGGCGGGAGUGAGCGGUCUCUGAUGCAACGAUACCUGGACGAGAACGGGGGCAGGGAGGGCGUCCAGCACAUUGCCUGGGACAUGGGUGGGAUACCCAUGGCACAGAGACUCAAUGAAAUGAAGGAAAGAGGUUUCGAGCCGGCGAUGCAAGGGUGGUGGAUGGGGAAAAAGGGACAGUGCCACUUUUGUUUUCUUGAUACGCUCGAAAAGGCUGUGGGAACGGUCUUUGAAACGAUCGAGUUCAGUCAAGACUGGGAGGACCCAGACUGCGAGUGGUACCCCCGGCAGCCUCUUCAGUGA